AUGACACUGAUGUCUGACCAGUCUGGGGAAUCUAUUGUCCCCGAGGUGGCCAAAGCACUGAAAUGGUGGCCCAACGGCGUCCGCCUGACUGGUGGCACAUUCAGACCAGAUAAAUCCUUUUGGUAUCUGAUUGACUUCAAGUGGAAUGCCCAACAAGGUGUAUGGAAAUUCCGGCGGAAAGGGGAUUUCAAAGCAUCUCUUCUUCCCACUGGAACAUCGGCAAUUGCGGUGGAACUGGAUGAUCUGGAUGGCACCCCAGUGCAUCUGCAGUGGUUGGAACCGGACAAAUUGGCGAAGACUUUGGGUAUUCCAAUGUCCCCCUGCUCAAACCGGAAAGCACAACUUGUGGUGAUGCAGGGAAAAGCAAAAGCAUGGGCGGAUCAGAUCCAACCUAGCUUCCUCCACCGAUAUGAUGUCCUCCCUCUCCUUUGCAUCACAAUCCAGAAGACUUUGGAGUACCCCAUGGCGCUCAACUUCUUCUCUCCACAGGAGUGGAACAAGAUACUAUCCUCAGUGCUCAGGGCGGCACUUCCAGAGGCCGGUAUUUGCCGCCACUUUCCUCGUGCUAUGGUCUAUGCCCCUAUUGCACUCCAAGGAGUGGGUGUCCCUCAUCCGUACGGUCUCCAAGUCAUCAAACACUUGGACAUGCUACUUCGCCAUCCUGCCAAUCAGACCAAGAC